UCUGCAUCAUAUAACACUGCCACCAUCCCCACCUUAUUUCCACCACCACCUGCAAAAUUAAAGGCACAACCACCACAAUGGUGGCGCUAACACGACCAUAAUUGUGUAUUUCAAAUAAUAAACCACCACCAACACAUACCGUUACCCCCAACCAUCACUAGUUUAAGACGACAAACUAACGAAAUCGGGGUAAAAUGGCAAUCUUCAUGUGGAAGUUCUUGCCGUUGCCUUAGUUCUGGCUCAGCAACACCUCUGGCAACAUCAUUAACUCUGCCUCACAAAUCAUUCGGCCUCUUCUCUGUAUAGGAAGCAGCCACCAACGCCGACAAAUCUCAAAUUAGGGUUCUAAUAGGCAUAUUUAGAGAGAGAAUAAGACUUGAAGCAGAUAUAUCAACCGUUGCUGGUAUUAUUAUUCUCUAUAUUCUUCUUCCAGUACCUCUGUUGCCUCAUUAAUUUCAUCUCUAACUAAGACCGAAUCCGGCGAAGUCAAUCGGUUUUACUAUAGGGGUUGUGUGUGACUCAUGGUUGAUGACUGAUUUUGGAAAAAUAGGUAAUUGGUGGUGGUGGUGGUGGCGGCGGCGGCGACGACGCUGCCGUCGGUGUCUGAUUUCUCAUUCUACAAUUGCGUCCACACCAACAAAUCACGCAUUGUCAAUUUCUCAGUAACUGAAUCCAAACCCUUUCUUUCUCUAUCUGAUUUCUCUAUUUUUGUUUUAAAAUAAUGAUAAAACAAUAACAUAUUUUUGUCAGUUAUUGACCAAGCAUUGUAGUUGUUUUGUAUUGUGUGCCAUGAGAGUAGAGGGAGAGGAUGACGAUGAAUAAGAAUAGAGAAGGAUUUGGUGGAUGUUCAGUGCUGCAACAUAUCUGACUAAGGCACGUGCAAACUAAAAGUAUGUUACAAGGGCAAUUUAGUCAUUAUGUAAUUGAAAGGGCAGUAUGGUCACAAUAUUAUGCACGUGACUCUCAAAUGCUUUUCUCCAGUUAGUUUUAGACGACCACUUAAUAGAAUUAGAUAAUGUGAUAGUUUUUAGAAAAGAUUAGGGGGUAAUGUGAUAGUUUUUUUUAGUUGAGGGGUUAGUCGAUAGAUUUUGUACACAAUAAGGGGGUUUUGUAAUUUUAGCCUGCUUAAGUUCAAAUGUCAAUAAUUUGUUUUCACUUCUCAAAUAAAAAUGUAAGGCAAAAUAAGAAUGCGUAUAUUAUUAUUGAGAAAUUAGAAAAAAUUAUUUAUUUUAACAUAUUCUUACGGCGUUUAUGUUCUAACUUUUUUUUAAAAAAAACCAGAAACUAUCGUAUCACUAUCACAGUAUUCCACUAUUCCUGUUGUACUCGUAUGGUAGAAGCAAUUGCAACAAAAUCAGGGAUGAUCUGGUAAUUUGACCGCUCCCUUUGGUCCCUUUUCAUUUCCCUCCAUUCUCUCUCUCUACACUGCAAACCUCAAAAGAGUUCAAGAACCAGAAACCUAACCCUAGAUCAUUCAACAGAUAUGUCAUUCUUCUCAGGAAAGUGAGUGUGCUUCAGAAAUCUGUGGGGCAUUACUAUUUUUUGUGGCAAUCAGAGUUGACAGUGAGGGAUGAAGUUCAAGGCAUUUCUCACCGAUAAUGGUGUAAACCUUUUAGAAAAGAGGCUCCUGCCAGCCCUAGACAAAAUGGGAAAAAUCUGUCACCUCUACCUGACCCGAGACCACACAUUCUUCCUCCACAACCUCCUUAAUGGUGAUGGCAUCCAAUCAAUUGCCCAGUUCCGCAAAGAAGCCCUCUUUGAUGACUACCGCAUCUCUAGCCAAAAUGAUGACCGCAUUGCUUUUGCAAUUGACCUGUCACUCCUCCACCGAGCUCUCCGUAGCAUCAUCACUAUCUACACCGAAUUUGGUGGCAGCCACAGUGGUGGUGGCAUUGCGCCCAACUCUAAUCGCCUCCAAAUCAAACUGGUGAAGAAACUUCCUCCUCAUUCACAGCAACCACUGCCAUUCCUCACUUUCGAAACCAAGGGUUACAAGUCUGCAGUCAUUCAAGAUGUGCCCAUCUCUAAACCUUUGUCAAGGUCUGAUGUACUUGAACUUCAAGCUGCUCUUGAUAUGGCUCAAGAUUUGCCUCAGACUUUAGUUCAAGUCCCAGAUAUGCAUCAGUUACAAAACUUUGUUGAUCGAAUGAAGCAUGUUGGGGAUGUAAUUAAUGUUUCUAUAAGCAAAUAUGGGGAUCUACAUUUGCAAAUCUCAACUCUCUUGAUCACACUAGGUGCCGAAUUUCGAAAAUUGUUAGUUAUAGGAGAGCAAGCAGAGGUUCCAGUUGGAGAUCAAGACUUGAGCGCUCAGACUCGAACCCAAAGAGCAAUUCAGAGGGGAGAUGCAAUGACGGUGCAAGUUAGUGUGAAGCAUUUUGCCAAGAGUCUUCAAUGUCAUUUAGCAAAGCCUGAUUGUGCUUUUUAUGGUAUUGGUCCCCAGGGUGCUUGCUUGACUGUGAUAUUCCAGUUCUUUAUUGCAGGUACACGUCAGACAGAUAAAUCAAUCAGUCUACAUUGCCGGCUUCCUGUACUUGAGACUGGGUCUAGUUGAAAGCUAACUGGUAACCAUUUAGAGCUAAAGUAAUGAUGCAGAGAAAAUUGAAUAGGCGUUGCGCAGGGAUAAGAAUCUUUAGCUGUGUUGAUUAUCGGAUGAUAAAAUUAAAUAGAAAUGUCAGCUUGCUCUAUUUGUAUUGAAAAGCAUAACAGUGUGUAAUUCAAAGUGCAUUUUGAGAACUCAAUUUAUAUAGAAAAAAUAUGGAUUAUCAAUGCAGUUUAGGUAUUC